GAUCAGAAAUUAAGCUGUCAAGAAAUAUUUAAUUCAAAUGUGAAACGAAAUUUAAUAAUUUUUUUUUAUUAAGCUCCCAAACGUAGGGAACUUAAAGCUUUUCGAAAAAUCAACAAGGGAAGUGCGAGCAGCUUGUGACAACAACAAGGAGUACCCCAUCAAGGAUCUCCAUCCUUGACACACAUGUAUAUAUUUUCAUAUUAGCUGCAAGGAAUACGAAUUUAGGAAGAAUGCGCAACGAUAGUGAAGGUAUUGAUGUAGGAACAACCACCGAUGUGGAUGAACGCUCUGACCCAGAGGGUAUCCACUCAGAGGAGGACGAUGCCUGCGUCCUGCCCAGUGGCACCCGCACUUUGGACAAACGCCUCAACCCGGAGGCACCAGAUUUUGUGCCCGGCGUAAGAAAUGGCUUGCUGGCCACCAAAAUAGUCGAGGAAUCUAAUCGACUUCCAGUGGUCAACUAUACACGCUGGAGCAAUGCUGCUGGAGAGGAUAUAUCGUAUGGACCGCGCUAUGAUGGCAUCUGGAGCGAGAGCUGCAUUCAGGCCCAGGCACAGGCCCAGGCCCAAGCGGGGGCGCAGCUGCAGUUAGGCUCGCAGCCGCUGUCGACUAUCAUCGAAUCUGUGGGCGACCGGAAACAGCAACAGCAACCGCAGCAGAAGAAGCUAUCACUAAAGAAGCGAUCCAAGAUCCAUUGCCAAUUCGAACUCGAGCCCGGCUCUGAUACAGCACCGACUGGUCGCUGCUGUGCCUGCGAAAUCAUGUAGUGUUAUUUGUGUUCCAUUUUCUUGGAUAGUUAAACUUAUUAAAGCAUUGUCUCAAUAUAUUUAAGAGAAUAAAAGCCUAAAUGACAUGCCUGUCCACCUG